AAUGCUAAAACUUGAGCAUUUACUGAUAAAUCUUCAGCCUUGAGACGGGGGUUUCACACAGCAGAUCACUACAAUGAAAGGAGACGCUACCAGAGCAGGCCUUCCAAGUGGCAGCCGCCAAGCCAAGGACCUGCUGCCCCAUUCGGAUGAGAAGAUGGAGGAGCGGGGCCAAUGGAGCAAUAAGUUAGAGUUUAUUCUGUCAGUCGCCGGCUCCAUCAUCGGCCUGGGCAACAUGUGGCGCUUCCCUUACCUCUGCUACAAGAACGGAGGAGGUGCAUUCCUCAUCCCCUAUCUGAUCUUCCUGUUCACCUGUGGCGUUCCUGUCUUCUUCCUGGAGACGGCCCUGGGCCAGUACACCAGCGAGGGGGGCAUUACUUGCUGGAGAAAAAUCAGUCCCUUGUUUGAAGGUAUUGGCUAUGGCACCCAGGUGAUAGUGACUCUGUUGAACUUCUACUACAUCAUUGUUCUGGCCUGGGGGAUUUUCUACCUGUCUUUCUGCUUCUCCUGGGACCUGGCCUGGUCGUCCUGCAACAACACAUGGAACACAGAAAACUGUGUGGAGUUUCAGAGGAGAAACACUUCACUCAACCAAACUGGCAACAUCACAUCUCCUGUCCUCGAGUUCUGGGAGAGAAGAGCGCUGAGGAUUUCCCCAGGCAUUGACCACAUGGGCUCUCUGAACUGGGACCUGGCCUUGUGUCUGUUCAUUGCCUGGGUCAUGUGCUACUUCUGCAUCUGGAAGGGGGUGAAAUCCACGGGAAAGGUGGUCUACUUCACUGCGACCUUCCCCUAUCUGAUGCUGAUUGUGUUGUUGAUCAGAGGGCUCACCCUGCCUGGCGCUGGGAUCGGCAUCCAGUUCUACCUUUAUCCUGACCUGGGACGACUGGCGGACCCACAGGUGUGGAUGGAUGCUGGUACCCAGAUCUUCUUCUCCUAUGCCAUCUGUUUGGGGUCGCUGACUGCUCUGGGGAGCUACAACAAAUACAACAAUAACUGCUACAGAGAUUGCCUGGCGCUGUGCUUUCUGAACAGUGGCACCAGUUUUGUGGCAGGCUUUGCAAUCUUCUCCAUCCUGGGUUUCAUGUCUUUUGAACAGAACGUUCCCAUCUCAGAAGUGGCAGAAUCUGGUCCUGGCCUAGCCUUCAUAGCUUACCCCCGAGCUGUGAGCAUGAUGCCCUUCUCUCCUCUGUGGGCCGCCCUCUUCUUCAUCAUGAUUGUUUUUCUGGGGCUUGACAGCCAGUUUGUGUGUGUCGAGAGCCUUGUGACCGCGGUAGUUGACAUGUACCCUGCUUUGUUCCGACGUAAAAACCGCAGGGAGCUCUUCCUGUUAGCUGUUAGCCUCUUCUCCUUCUUCAUGGGCCUCAUCAUGCUGAUGGAGGGGGGCAUGUAUGUCUUCCAGCUUUUUGAUUACUAUGCAGCCAGUGGCAUGUGUCUUCUCUUCAUGUCCAUCUUUGAGACUGUCUGCAUUGCAUGGGUCUAUGGUGCAGAUCGCUUUUAUGAUAACAUUGAGGACAUGAUUGGCUACCGCCCAGGACCUUACAUCAAGUACUGUUGGUUGUUCUUCACCCCAGCCACGUGCAUUGGUACCUUUGCCUUCUCCCUCAUAAAAUACACUCCUCUCAAGUACAACAAUGAGUAUGUGUACCCAUGGUGGGGCUAUGUCAUUGGCUGGCUGCUCGCUCUCUCCUCCAUGGUCUGCAUCCCGCUUUGGAUGGUUUACAAGAUCUGCACCACCCAGGGGACACUCAGAGAGCGCAUCCAGCUGCUCAUGACACCAUCUGACGGCUUACCCAAAACCAAGAGAGAGCAGGAGAGGUUACUGGUCAUCUUUUCUCCUGAGGGAGAUGCCACGAUGACCAGAAAUGGCUACUGUCCUGUCUCAGAGAGAGACUCCAGCUUAUGAGAGCCCCAGUUGUGCUGUGUAUGGGAAAGGUACUUGGGUUUCAGUUCCAUCCUUGACUUGCACCCUCGCCUCCAUCCCAAUGAUCAAAGCAGGGAAGGGUGCAAUAAAGUGUCACAUCAUCUACUUUAAUACAUAACAGAUAUGGAGGACUCAGGAGAUAAUAGACCUAUAGUGUGUUAGGUAUGGCAGUGCCUGUACAUUUCAGGGAUGGCAGUAAUGUUGUGACAAAAGAAGGAUAAAGAAAAAGAAAUUUAAAAAGUCAUUCAUUGCAUUAUUUAGAAGUUUCAGAAGGGACAGGGGCAUUUUUUCAGGGACAAAAGUAAUUUACUCUACUCAAACUGAAAUAUAUUAAUACACUGGCAUAUAUUGUUCAGCUCUGCAUUUCACAGAUAAUGUAAAUGAACUAAUUCAAGGUCAGCUGAAAUGUAUGAGUUAGCUUUGUUGUGAGAAAUGGUACUGUUUUAUAAUGGAAGUUAUUGGCAUUUUCAACUCAUUCAAAGGCGGUAAAUGUAGAGGCAGAUACACAGGUUCCACCAGAGGUUUAAAAAUAAAUGUUUUAGUUUAUAUAGUAAGGAUGAAUUUUGCGCAAAUGUUAACUGGAAGACAGCAAAAUCUGUUUAACCAUUUGUUAACACUGAAAAGUCAGCUACAUGUAAGUUACUUUUUGAAGUGUCCUUGUGUAUCUGACAUCACUUCAUGGCUACUUGGCCGUGUUUGUAUCAUAUAUUGUAUUAUCAUUACUGAUUUUUCCUUUUUGUAUUUACAAGAACUGAAAUAAAAUGUUAUAAAUGUUUCACAUGAAU